CAGCUGUUUCGCUGUUUGACUAUUUUUUUAGAGUUGUCUCGAAUCGUCAAUGUGAUAUUAAGGUCUCAUUUUACGUUCGAGUUUGAGUUAAAAAUGGCUGGCCCUACAAAAAAAUCGCGAAAGCCUGCAAAAGCAGAAGAAUCUGAUGAGUCCAUGAGUGAAGAAAGUGAGUCUGGAACUUACCAUGGCCAACAAGAAAUUCAAGCUACUUUCGAAGGACGAAAUCCAGAGGGACAGGAUUUCCAUGGAAUAAAACAGUUAUUGCACCAGUUAUUUCUUAAAGCGCACAUAGACAUUUCUCAGAUGAGUGACAUGUUGAUUGCGCAACAUGGCAUAGGAUCAGUCCUGAAACAAAGUUUUGGGGAUGAUGAUGAUGAUAAUGAAGAUGACACAGAUAUUAGUGAAGAGAGUGAUGUUUUUGGCAUUACUAGUGUAAUUAAUUUAACAUCUCAUAAGGAGACUCCUUGUGUUCAACAGUUUUAUGCUCUAUUGGAAGAAAUGAGUUCAAAGCACACCGAUUCUGUUACUAAAGAAAAUAUAAAAAAGCUAUUGGCCGAGUCAAAACUUGGAUUCCUCGUAAAUGAGAGAUUUGUAAACAUUCCAGCAAAAAUAUCGGCUGUAAUGCUUAAUUCACUGUACGAAGAAGUAGAGAGGAUGAAGAAGAAGGACCCAUCAUAUAAUUUUGAUCACUACAUAAUGAUAUCCAAGACUUGUCGACCUAAAGAAAACAAAGAUUCAGAGGAAAUAUUUUCCAAUGAUGAGGAAGAACUUGUCUCUAAAGCAGCCGAUAUCAGUUUUGAAUUCAGCGUUGCUAAUGAAUCGGACACAGGGCUAGGUGGUAGGUGGUUGUCUGAAGAUAAGCAAGUCGUGCCUUACAGGAGGAUAUUGAUAUUUAAAGCAGACAAAUUAAAAAAUAUUGUGGCGCAAGUCACAGCUUUUGUCCAGUAAUACCAUAUAAUAAGAGUUAAAAAAUGAACGUUAAUCAUGUUUUGUAAUUUAGAAUGCUACAUUUAUUUUACGUAUUUUAUAAAUAAAUUUUGUUUAUAAUA